UAGAUGUGUAAUGAAUGCRUUGUGGUGUAUGUAGUGAAGGUCAAUUGUUACCAAAACAACAUCUCCCCCCUAGGUACCGUCCUGAUGCUGAAGGGCACAGUGCUAUGCUUUUCCUUCCUGAAUUGUGGGGGCACUCUUAUCCAAAGUCCCUACGAGGUAUGGCGGGAACCCAAUGUCCCCGAGGACCCCGACGAGCCCCGCAGGCGCAAGCUGGUCAACUUAUCCCCRCUUUCUUCCCAGGAGGCAUGUGGGGACGGUCACCUGGCCGUGGUGUGUUCUGAGAAACAGGCCAAGGUCAUCCUCAUGCCUACCCAGGCUGUCCUGUUCACACACAACGUCACAGAGUCUUCCUUCCUCCUGCGGGCUGACGUCGUCUCUGUCUGUACCAGCGUCUGCCUGGCCUGCUUCUGCGCCAACGGACACGUCAUGACCCUCAGUUUGCCCAGUCUUAGACUCCUAAUGGAUACGAACUACCUUCCCCUGACGCACGUGCGUAUCGCCCGCACCUUCGUCUUCACCAACGGCGGUCAGGCUCUGUACCUGACCUCUCCUACAGAGAUACAGCGCAUCGCAUACAGCCAAGAGAUGACGGACAACCUGCAGGACAUGCUGGGUGAGCUGUUCACUCCUAUAGAAACGCCAGAGGCCCAGAACAAAGGAUUCCUCAAGGGCUUCUUUGGGGCAAUACCCAGACCUUCGACAGAGAAGAGCUGUUUGGGGAGGCAGCAGCAGGUAAGGCCUCUCGGAGCCUGGCCCAGCACAUCCCUGGUCCAAUGGGAUUGGAGAACGUGAGGGCUGCAGCCGGCGGGGUGGUGGGGGACCUGGCCCGAGCCCGCAUCGCCUUGGAGCAGAGAGGAGAGAGACUGGGAGAGCUGGAGGAACGCACCACCCUCAUGUUGAAAAACGCAGAGACGUUCUCCACACACGCCCACCAGGUAAUGCUGAAACACAAGGACAAGAAAUGGUAUCAACUUUAAAGUAGGACAGCGGGCCACGACUGCCGAUGCUUUGCUGGGACAUGGACCAUCACUCUACAGAUGAGAGAGAGAGAGAGAAAGAGAUAGAGAGAGCGAGAGCGAGAGAGAGAAAUUACUUUGUUGUUUAUGGGCCUCUCUGCAGGACGUCUGUACAUCAUUGUCACAAGACUUGGACAGAGGGCGGUCACUGAGAUGGACACAGACCAGGAAGUAAGUUGGUAAGACGGGGGAACCCAGAAAGUGGAUGAUGACAGUCCAUCAGUGUGUGUGGGUGGGUUACCCAGAUCUUGCUGUGUAGAUACUCUAACGUUAUGAAACCAACAAGACUGAAUUAAACAAAAUGGAUGACUACUGAUAACAUACAACUGCCAUAUCAAAAAGCAGCAUGCUACUUUAAGAAAUACUAAAUAUAAUGUGUAUUUAAUAAUAUAAGCCAACAAAAGAAAGUGUGAUUUUUUGGGGGGAAAUAUUUUUUGAAAUAUGAAAAAAAUAUAUAUAAAAAUGAAAAUGUAUGCCUGCAUUGCUAUAAAGCCAAAUGUUUUUUUGUUGCCUUCUUUAUAACUCUCAUUAAGUCUUUCAAAACGUAUCACUCCACACAUUCUGAACAACUAUACUUCACCAACACUCAUUUCAUUCUGUUGGGCGUUGCUACUUACAGUACUUUACCUGUUAGCUAAAACAUUUCAGCCACAUGAUGGAAAUGAAUGAACACAGAGAAUAGACGUGUAAAGUGUGAAUGGUAAUAAGUUGUGUUGGCUGAAGGGCCGUGGUGAUAGUAGCCUGUUAUUGAGUGUGUUUAUAUUUAUAAAAAAUGAUUAUUCACGUGCCAUACAAUCGAUACUGGCCAAGCCCUWUACUUUAAAACUAGCAAAGAGUUAGUCUAUGUGGUAAUGAGGAUGUUCGCUGUAGAUGAGAUUGGGUGAGACUAACCUUUCGGUCGUUGAUAGGUCGUCUUUCGUUGUCAACUGAGUUUCUGGUUCUUUUGACAGAAAGAACCAGAAACUUUUUUUUCUGUUUUGUUUUGUUGGUGUUUUAUAUGGUUCUUCACUGGGAAAUCUUCUGCUUGUCUUCGUCGUAUCGUGUAUGAGUUUGUUUAAAGUCAGUGUGUGACUCACACACCGCCCAUGUAAAGACAAAAAAACUCUUACUCUUUCUUCUGCCGAAAGCAAUUCAACAUGAAUGAAGCCCACGAACGGAAGAGUGUAUCACAAACAUGUUAUUGUGGAUGGCUGGGAGCGUCUCUGGACUGGUACUCUUUAAAAAAAAUAAGAGUAGACCUAGCUAGAAGACUUGAGGUAUAGUCUGGUCCAUUUAAACACUAACUCCAAUCCAGAGCAGAGGUAUCCUUCGUCCGGUGUGUUUGCCUGCUGGAUCCAGUCUAGUAGUAGCCUACCGUCGUCAGCCUUGCAGUGUCGGUCGUCAUUGGCACCGAUAGUAUACAGGCCUUCUAUGUCACAUAUAAGGAAUUCAGACUUGUAUGAAUUUGAAGCAAAUAUAUUUAUAUGCUUUGUUUUACUUGUAUUUUUUAUCUUGAUGACCUUAAAUGUAACCCAUCUUACCCUUUAGUGGAUGGCGGUAGCCUCUUCUCUCCUAAAGAUUGUUCUAUGAUAUUGUGUUACUGUUGUUGUUGUUGUUGUUGUACAGGUCAAUAAAUGUACACGUAACACUGACAAAUCAAAAGGUGACAUGACAACACCAUUGUCAUUUUUUUCUUCAGUUUCUAAGUGUUAUGUUUGUAUUUUCAAAUAAUAAUACACAAGUCGAAAUGAUUGUUAUGACCACAAUAAUCACUCACCCUCCCUCACCGAUGCUCAAAUGUCCACCUAUGUCCACCUAUGUCCACCUAUGUCCACCAAUGUCCACCUAUGUCCACCAAUGUCCACCUAUGUCCACCUAUGUCCACCUAUGUCCACCCUGCCUUGAACCACAGAAGGAUUGUAACCAUGACCAU